GCAUGUUGCUGAAUCGAGCUGCUGAGCCUGCGUGAUUCUAUCGUUGGAAAUUUCUUCAUUCUUCUUCGUCUUCUCCACCUCUCAUAAUAGUAUCGCAUUCGCUCGUUUCGUCCUGGUUGUUUUUUUUUCCUCUUCAAUCGUCAUUUCUGCUCUCUUGUGCCACGCCCGUUACCGCAUUUCAGCGGUCCGGCUCGAAUCGACUCCGCCGAUCACGAACCCCGUCGCACACGAAGGAGCCUUGAAUGCCAUAGGAAGUCCGAGGCCCGCCAUGUGGCAGAAAGCUGCCUUCCUUGCGUUUUUUGCAGACCUGUGUCUAGCACAGAGAGGAGCGAUAUUAGAUUUCCACGGUGAAGACCGCAGUCGUAUCGAUGGUCGAUCUCCCGCUGACGAACCGAUAGCUCGAAGAUGGAGCGCACUCGCCGCUUUCGCUUCCGAGUCGACAGUACGCAGCGGCGACAAUGAGAUCCCAUCGCCGCAGUCACUGCAUACGUCCUCGUCAGACAACACGCUCAAUACCUUCGACCUUAGAUCUGCGCAAGACGAAGCAUUGCCUGAUGGCGUCUUCACCACCGUUCUCUAUCCGUCCGUGCCGACUGAGGCGCCAACUGGUGUCAUGGUACCUACCGUCAUCACGUAUACGGGCAACUUCGACAGCGCCGUGGUGCCAACGGGCUACAUAUUAGAGACGCCGGCCGUGCCAGCGCCUACACCAGGCGGAAGCGCUGGUCCGCAAACAGAGUUUCCAACACAACCCGUCCCUACACAGGCACCGACAGAAGGCCCGUCAAUCGGCACAUUCCCCCGACCCAGCGACCAGUCGCACGGAGGAGUUCCCACCAGCUCCAUGGGCUCCAGCAAGAUGUCAGCACGACCAAACUCACACAGCGCUUCGCCUACCUCAACACUCUCUAGCACCCAUUCAAGUACACACUCUACGUCUUCGGGAUUGUCCACAAGUACGUCGUCCUCGUCACGGACGAGCAGCUCCUCAAGUGCGUCGGCAUCGGGUACGAACCUGUCCACCAGCAAAAACGGUGCCAACACGCAAGGCCCUGAUCGCAAUCCGCACCUCUCUCAAGGCGCUGUCGCAGGUAUCGCCGUAGGCGCUGUGGCCUUCACCGUUAUGCUAGCAGGUGUAUUCCUGCUGCUGUUGCGUCGCCGAACACGGCCAAAAACACCGGAUUCGCCCACGAUCUAUCCACAGGAGGCGUACCUGUACGACCCACCGAUUACUCCGCCUCCCUCAGGUCCAGGAGCCGCAGGCGCGGAAGCACCGCGGAAUGUUCCUCGUCCUCCAACGCCCGAGAUGGGAAUGACAGAGCGCUCAGGACUCCUUGCGGGAGCCGGCGCCGUGGCUGCCGCUGGUGCUGCUGCGCGGAGCAGGAGAGGGACCAUGAGCGGCAACAACUCGCCGGCCCUGCGGCCUACGGGCACAAACGGCUACACACCCGUCGAAACACGUGACAUCACCGAGUUAAGUGCUGAUAAUCCUUUCAUGGACCCUCCAAAUGCAUUCCAAGGCAUCGGCAACCCGCAGGCGUGGCCGCUGAAUCCAAAUGCACCCAGCGGCUUGGGCACGCCACCGGGCAGCGCCGCUGGGCCUCGAAACGUCACAGCCGCAGCCGCAGACACAGAUCCCGUGGAGUCGCGCAGCCAGACCCCCGGUUCCAUGUACAGAGACAACCCCGGCAGGCCAUCCAUCGCAGGCGUAGGCAGCCCGAGAUAUGAGCGGAGAAUCAGCUCAAAUGCCAUCAACAGCGGUGUUACCGGCCCCACCGGCUACAACCCUGCCAUGCAAGAGGCCCGCCGAGCCUGGGGCAUGGAGGACUAAACCGGCCCGACUGGACCAGUGUGCGGAAAUCCCUUCUUAUUUUGUUGAUAAUUCAAAAAUGCAAAGCAUGGCGUUUGGACGGGCCAGGAAUAUUUUGGCGGGAGUACCUUGCAUUGGUUUUCAUCAAGCUGUGAAAUAGAGCUACCAGGGACGAAUGGACGAUUCCAGGGUCCGCAGGCGUUCUCACAUCUGGGUUGGGUUGGCGUUAAAAAACGUAUCAGGGCUAUGUAUUGUGUAUAUGAUACAAGUGACGCCGGGAACAAUGUGUAAUGAUACUCCGAAACAAAGCUGUUAAGGCCUGUUUCACAAACGAGCUUUUAGAUUAUGGAUGACAACGUUGAAAUACAGUUUGUACGAAAGCCAAAAAAAA